GGGGACACCGUUAGACAAGGAGGAGGGACAGCCAGGCAGGACAAACAGCACCGACAACACCGAGCGCGGUACCGUCGUGACAGAUUCUGUCGGCAGCACGGAAACACCCGCGGCACAGCGUUUUCAUCCCAUGUAUUUUUAGAAACAGCCCGUCGUCACCAUGACAGCGGAAGAAACCAUAAAUGUGAAGGAGGUAGAGAUCAUCAAGGUGAUCCUGGACUUUCUCCACUCCAGGAAACUGCACAUUAGCAUGCUGGCUCUGGAAAAGGAGAGCGGCGUCAUCAAUGGGCUCUACUCGGACGACAUGCUCUUCCUCAGGCAACUGGUGCUUGAUGGGCAGUGGGAUGAGGUCUUGCAGUUCAUUCAGCCUUUGGAGUGCAUGGACAAGUUUGACAGAAAAAGGUUUCGUUACAUCAUCCUGAAGCAGAAGUUUCUGGAGGCUCUGUGUGUGAAUAACGCCAUGUCUGCAGAAGAUGAGCCACAGCACUUGGAGUUCACCAUGCAGGAAGCAGUCAAGUGUCUCCAUGCCCUGGAGGAGUUUGUUCCCUCUAAAGAUGACUACAGCAAACUGUGCCUGCUCCUUACGCUGCCCCGCCUCACAAACCAUGCUGAGUUCAAGGAUUGGAACCCGAGUACUGCCAGGGUGCAGUGUUUUGAGGAGGCCUGUAGCAUGGUGGCGGAGUUCAUCCCAGCAGACAGGAAGCUGAGCGAGGCUGGAUUCAAAGCAAGCAGGGAUCGACUCUUCCAGCUGCUUCUGAAGGGAGUCAUCUAUGAGUGCUGUGUGGAGUUCUGCCAGAGCAAGGCGACGGGUGAGGAGAUCACAGAGAGCGAGGUUCUCCUGGGUGUCGACAUGCUGUGCGGUAACGGCUGUGACGACCUGGACUUGUCCAUGCUCUCCUGGAUGCAGAACCUCUCCCACAGCGUCUUCUCCUGCGCCUUCGAACAAAAGCAACUCAAUAUCCACGUGGACCGCUUGGUCAAGCCCGCUAAGGCCGGCUACGCUGAUCUCCUCACCCCGCUCAUCAGCAAACUGUCUCCAUACCCCUCCUCCCCCCUCCGCCGCCCCCAGUCCGCUGACACCUACAUGUCACGUUCCUUGAACCCAGCGUUGGACGGCUUGUCCUAUGGGCUGUCUGGCCAGGAUAAGAGAGCAAGUGGCGGGGAAAUAGUGCAGGGGAAAGGGGUCUCUCCCAUGUCCCACUCGUUUGCCAACUUCCACUAUCCUGGAGCAGGAGGGCAGAGCCUGAGCAGGAGUCUGAUGAUGGAGAGCUCCGAUUGCCACAGCAUCUUUGAGGAAUCCCCUGAGACGUCGAGGGCAGAGACACCUGUGAAUAAGAUGAUGAGUUCAGGUGAAGCUCAGAACCUGCGUCCUGCCUCAGCCCCAGGCGAGGAUGCACCGUCAACUGGCUCUGCUGACAGGAACGAGCUUCGUGACUCCACAGAGAAGUAUGAAGAAUAUUAUCGCCAGCGUCUUCGUGUGCAGCAGCACCUGGAGCAGAAGCAGCAGCAGAGGCAGCUGUACCAGCAGAUGCUGCUGGAGGGAGGCGUCCAGCAGGAGCCCCCGCCCAGUGACAUGCAGCACAGCCUCACAGAGAAGUUCCUCAACAGGUCCAUCCAGAAGCUGGAGGAGCUAAAUGUGGGGAUGGAGAGUUUAGGGGAGGAGGUGAAGUCUUUGGCCCAGCAGUGUAAUGGCAAUGGGAACACGCCCGCCUCUGGAGACAAUAACAAUCCACCAUCUGAGACCCCGGAGCAGAGCCGGACCCAAGGGGGAGGAGUUCUCAGCAGCACCCCACAGCGUGCCGUGGGGGGGCGCGCAGUCCCGCCUCCAAAUGAGUCCCCUGUCGUCUCUCAGAGCGAGCAGAAACACGUAGGAGGUCUGCAAGAUGACUCUCCAGGCUCCUCAUCUCAAAGUAAAGAGAGUGACAAGCCAAAAAGUCUGUUUGUGCCCGUGCACACUCUGGAAGAUACUCAGGCUAUUCGAGCUGUUGCCUUUCACCCGUCUGGAUCACUGUACGCUGUGGGAUCCAACUCCAAAACUCUACGUGUGUGUGCUUAUCCAGAAACACUGGACACAAGCAGUUCAAGUCCACCUAAGCAGCCAGUUGUCCGCUUCAAGAGGAACAAACACCAUAAAGGCUCCAUCUACUGUGUGGCCUGGAGCCACUGUGGGCAGCUGCUGGCUACAGGAUCCAAUGACAAAUAUGUCAAAGUUCUACCUUUUAGCGCAGAGACGUGCAACGCCACAGGCCCAGACCUGGAGUUCAGCAUGCAUGAUGGCACCAUCAGAGACCUGGCCUUCAUGGAGGGUCCAGAAAGUGGGGGAGCCAUCUUGAUCAGUGCCGGAGCAGGAGACUGUAACAUCUACACCACUGACUGCCAGAGGGGACAGGGUCUGCACGCCCUCAGUGGACACACAGGUCACAUUCUGUCUCUGUAUACGUGGGGAGGCUGGAUGAUUGCCUCCGGCUCCCAAGACAAGACAGUGCGUUUCUGGGACCUCAGAGUGCCCAGCUGUGUCCGAGUAGUGGGAACUGCUUUCCAUGGCUCAGGCAGUCCUGUUGCCUCAGUAGCAGUCGAUCCGAGUGGCCGUCUCCUAGCAACAGGACAGGAAGACAGCGGGUGCAUGCUGUAUGACAUCAGAGGAGGACGCAUCGUACAGGUGUACCGGCCGCACAGCAGCGAUGUCCGAUCUGUUAGGUUUUCACCCGGAGCACACUACCUGCUCACCGGUUCCUACGACACAAAGGUCAUGGUCACCAACCUCCAAGGUGACCUGACCAAACAGUUGCCUCUGACCGUGGUGGGAGAGCACGGCGACAAGGUGAUUCAAUGUCGAUGGCACACACAAGACCUGUCCUUCCUCUCAUCCUCUGCUGACCGCACCGUCACACUUUGGACAAACAACCCAUGACAACCAUACACACACACACACACAGUUGUUAUAAUCUAAAAAAAAAACACACGUUCCCCCAAAACAAAACUGUUCUUCCUGCACCAUCAACACACUCACACCCUUUCAACACACUUGACACUUGCAGUCUGAAAGAACAGGAAAAAAAACAAAACACACACACACAGUCGAAUGAGCCUUUCCCUCCUGUCUGUAGGAAACCAAAUAGAUACAAACCUGUGACACAUCAAAAGCACAGAUGUUGCAUGUUCUCCUUUGCCUUUACAUCUCUCACAUUGCAUUUAUCCCACUGAUUGUUGUCGUAUUGUGGGGUAAAACAGCAGGAUCAUUCAUUAUCCUCAUUUUAAUCUUUUAAUUCAUGUGGUGUCAUCCUACAUCUUCACUCCUUACACACACCAGUCAGUUGCUGCAUGUCCAUUUCACUGAGGAGUUGUUGAGUUUAGACAGGACAGAGUGCUUUGUUCAUGAUGGUGCCUUCCUUCAGUUUUCAUUUUCCAUAACAACAAAAAAAAAA